AUGUCCACAGAUAUACAUAGCCAAUGCUUCCGGCAGUUCCGUUACCAUGAGGCUGAUGGACCCCGAGAGGUUUGCAGCCAGCUCCAUGGACUUUGCAACUACUGGCUGAAGCCGGAGAGGAACACCAAGAAGCAGAUCCUGGACCUGGUGAUCCUGGAGCAGUUCCUGGCCAUCCUGCCCCAGGAAAUGCAGUGCUGGGUCAGAGUAUGUGGGCCAGAGACCAGUUCCCAGGCUGUGGCCCUGGCUGAAGGCUUCCUCCUGAGUCAGACAGAGGAGAAGAGGCAGGCAGAGCAGAUGCAGGGACUAGGAGUGAAGACAGAAGCUAACUUCUCUGAGGAGGAAGCAUCUCCUUUGGAGGAAGGACAGAGAGCUCAGCCCCAGGAGCUUGCCCAAGAUGCCCUCUCACAUAGCAGUGGAGAGCUGGUGGUCAGCCGUUGUCUUGGUAGAGGUGUGGAAACAGCUGCUGCGCCUCCAGUCCAGCGUCCCUUUUCCUUUGAGGAGGUGGCCGUGGAUUUCUCCGAGGCAGAGUGGGUGCUACUGGAUCCAAGCCAAAGAGCUCUCUACAGGGAAGUCAUGCUGGAGACUUAUGGAAGUGUGGCAUUUCUGGGGGAUGAUCAGGGAAAUGAGAAGGACGAGGAAUUGCAUCAACUAUCACCAGAUGAAGACCUGAGAGGAAACUUCAGGACUCAAGGCAGACCCAAGAGGCAGAAAGGAAGCCACAUAGUCGAGAAGACGGAUCAACCCAUCCCUUUCCAAGAUGAAUGCUCAGAGUGUGCAAAGAGAUUCAACAGGCGUGGCCAUCUUCAGCAGCAGCAAAUAAUCCAUAAAGGGGAGAAACCUUUGAAGUGA